CAGUCGAAACUUAGCUUCGGUGAAGACAAGAUCGUUGCCACGUUGUGGGUUGACGGUGGAGUACGGUGCUCGUAUUGUGAGAGCAGGCGCGAGCUCUCUUUCUCUCGUUCUCGACUAAGUGGUCCGGUGAACCGAGCGCGUAGAUUACGGCGGCACAACAUUAUCAAUGUGCCGCACAAAGUGUGUGGGUUACACAUUCGCACAAAGGCACGGUCCCUUCCCAACAGCUGAUACUACUUCCUACUAGCGAACGGUCACAGCCUGCCUAGCGUGCCUUAUCAUAUCAUUAACCCGCUACGCUAAGUAGAUCUGUGGCGUGUUGGACGACAAAACGAAGACGGCAUUCCUUCUAUAACAAUAUACUUUCUUCGCACGAACCAGUUAAAUGCCACCGGCAAACGCCUAGUGCGGUCUACGAGCUACAGCACUUGAAAGCAGCAGAUUCUAAAAUUAACCUUCCCCAAAAACAUCGAUACCAGUGCAAAGUGGCCAAUAUUGCGAGGACGGAAAACGCGUUUCGAAUUAAGUUUGCCUAGCGGGACCCGGUGACCCGUUCGCCAGACAGUGGCGACAGUGACCGUGACCUUGUUCUUGUUUUGCUCUUGCUUUUCGGAAAGAGAAUAUUCACGGCGUCUGGUCGUGGUGCGUCACCACGCCAUACCGAAAAACCCGUCUCCUCGCUUGUGUUUUGUUUUUUGUUUUUUGUCGUUCUUGCUCACUUCAUGGACAUUUCAUGGAGCGAGCAUCCUUCUCAAUCCAAGCGAUUCUUUGAGAGGAAUUCCGCGAAAGUCAGUCGCCGCUCCGGCAGCACCAGAAGCAGCAGCAGCAGCACACAGUCUCCGCCGAACAAGGAGCCUGUUCCACCGACUUGUGCCAGAUCGUGAAAGUUGCAACGCCGGGAGGAAGUUUCACCGUUCGAAAAGGGAGAGGCUGCAGCAAAACCGUACAAUCGUACGAAAGUCGGCGCUCACCCAGGAACCAAUUUGGGCCACAUAUUCAACAAACCCCUCCCAGUGCUCAGUUCGUCAAGAAAAAAACCACCACCACCCCUUAAACAGUGAACAGCAUUGUUCCGAGAGGCAAGGCUUGUGGUGGCCGUGGUUUAGCUAACGGGAUACCGUCCCUAUAGGCUAGUUUCAACGGAUGGGUGCUGCGAAACUUUAAACGAACACCCUGUGAAGCAUAAGGAACUGACUCUGACCAGUCCAGCCCGAUCGUCCGCCCAUCAUCCCGACACUGCUGUUUUGCCGAAUCGAUCGAUUGCGAGACACAGCAGACCACAAGCGAUCCAGAGCAAACGAUCUUCGCUGGUUGGUCUAGAAAGGGUGACACACAAGAGGAACAAACUGCCGACUCGAUGGACCAUCGAAGACUUAGCAGGCGACGCUUCAGUGGGCAUUUGCCCGUGGUGCUCACAGCGUUACUUCUAAUAUUUAUUGCAGAACUGAACGGUGUUUCGGCAAUCAAAUGUUACCGGUGCACGGUGGCACCACCGAGCAAGCACCAGAACAACACGAAACCACAGCUCUGCUCGAAAUUCGAAGAAUCCGACUACUAUACGGUCGACUGCCCAUGGUCGACCAUGUGCGUGAAGCGUAUCUUCAAGCUGCAGCUACUGAAGGGCGAACAGGAAACGGUUAGCCGAGACUGUGCUCAACAGAAAAACACCGAACAGGUCUACAAGUCUGGCACCGGAUGGACACCGGAGCAUAACAUCGAAGAACCGUACACGGAAGGUUGCCAGACGAUCGACGACUCCACGUACUGCUUCUGCCGGGGGUCGUACUGCAAUUCGGCGACGAAAACGUCCGACUGGAGCAGCUACCACACCGACGCCAUGGCCGUUAUAUUCGUGUUCAAUGUGAUGAAGUACCUUCGGAACAUAGAUCACUGAUAGCUGAUGUGGGCGAACCGGGUACGCUCACGCAGGGCGUACCGUCGUAGGUUUCAAAACAGCGAGCCUUUAUCCAAAUGUGAUAUGAUAGUGCACUCUAUCCGAGCGGUGCACGAAUCCAAUUCUCAGAGCUAAACGUUUGCACUAAUAAAACAAAAUCUUAACAACUGUUGCA